UGAGCAUAUCAGCUCGAGAUUGGAUUAAAUUGAGAGUAUUGGUGAUUUGUGGACUUAUUCAUAUUGUGAUAACUUAGGGCAUGUUUGUUUGGACGGAAGUGGGGUGAAAGUGGAGAGGAGGAAAGCCGUUUUCACUCUAAACGCUACUUUUGUUGUUUGAUUCGUCGUAAAAUAGUUACGGUCGAAACUCUAAGUUAACGGCGUAAUUGGCUUCGGCCAAUGAGUGAAAACUCCCUUGCUCCCAAUCUGUACGCAAGAGAGAGAGAGAGAGAGAGAGAGAGGAAAGAAAAGAAAAGGAGAAGAGGAGAAAGAGAAGAAGAAAAAGAUGGGUUUGGAGAUUUUGGGUUUUUCGACCAGCCGAUCGGAGCCCCGCGCGCGUAAAAUUUAUUUGACAUUUCGACGGCAAGGUUUGGUAAUCGAGUUUACUAUGCGACUUUUGGAGCCGAACUCGCAUGCUUUUCGCCGCAGGAUUUAUGAAGUGCUGGCGUGUGCAUGCUCGCUGCCGUGUGGUCGGGAAAAAAUUGCUGGUGCAGUCAGCAGGAAAAGCGGCAGCAGGGGCUGCCAGCAGCAGCAGCAGCAGCAGCAGCAGAGGUUGCUGCUGCGGCUGCUGCUACAAACAGUAGCAGCGGCAAGUGCAGCGGCGAGCGCAGUAGUGGUUUGUGCGGAAAUAGCUCAUGACGUUGAUUCGUGGCCGCGGCACCACCGUGCUUUUGGAGACUCCGAUCGAGUCCAAUCUUGCCUCAAUUUCGAAAUUGAAAUUGAUCUGAGGGUGAGGAUGGCAGUGAGCUUCAGAUUGCACCUUACUCCAAUCGGAAUUAAAGUGACUUGGAAUGAGAUUGAGUUAAUGUUUCGAAACGAACCGAAAUUCAGCAAGGAAGAGGAACCUAUGGAAUUGUCCCUACAACUAACAUUUCAGCCAAAUACUACUUUUGGUCAUUUUGGAGUCACUCUUACCGGAUUUUGAGUUCUUGCAAUUGCCUUGACAGCAAUCUUACUGAUUUUGGAGUUUUCGUAGUGGAUUCCCUGCUAGAUUGAGCUGAGAAAAGGCGCAUUGGAGGUUGAGUGCUCGCUGCUACUGGAUUAGCAAUCCGAGGUGGGUUCCGAGUCGUCGAAAAUGACGAAUUUCCUUCUAUGUCUAUUUGCAUGCAUAUGCAUAUGUAUUUUGGUCACAUGGAUUGAUAAGGACUAUGUUAGCAUGGGAAUUGAUUAGAACGUAUCUAGUACGUAUCUGUGUGAGUGAUAAUUUAUGCAUGACACUCAGGCGAGUAGCCAUGACGUAUGUACAUAUAUGUGGUUAUAUACAUUGAUAGAAACGAUAUUCGCAUGAAAUGGAGUAGAGGGUAAGGAUUUCAAUUUAUUCUCAAAUAGAUCCUAAUUUAGGCCGUGCUGUCACUAUCUCAUAUUAGAUAUUCUAGCUUAGGUCGUGGGAGGCCAGUUGACAUCAUAUGCAUCAUGGUGAGUCAUUUACUAUUCAUUUAUAUUGUACAUAUCACAACUUAUGUGAUAGAAGUCAUUGAUAGUUCGGCGGUAGUGUGCAGAUGUUUGGAAAUAGAGAGGGAAUAUGAAUAUUCUAUUAUGAAAUCUAACUGAAAGAUUACUUUAUGAUUGUACUGAGGAUAUUGGAUUGGGUACUUGUGAGCUCUUUGAUCAUCACAUGGACCACAGCCUGCAGGACCAUAUUGAGAUUGACAGUGUUACAUACUAUGAGACUCGGUAGCGGUCGCUCCUCUUCGAGUGCCGCUCCGGAUGCUGGCCAGUUGUAGCAGAGAUAUAUGUGCCCUUGGGAAGAGGAUGGGCAGAGCCUAGGUGUCGACGGUGCACCUACGGGAGUGCGUUUCGGCACUAAGCGGGCGCAGGCUUGACCGGACGUAUGAGUCGGUCGUUGUGAUUGGAUACUAUUACAUCAUUUGUUUAGUAGUAGUUACAUUGAUGCAUACACUACUCAGUUUCUUUCAUUUCCUCUCACUACAUAUACAAGGAUAUGGUAGUGCAUUAGCUAUAGAGAUCUGUUCAUAUUACAUGCAGUUAUUCUAUUAUUGUUACUUACAUUUCUCUAUGCAGGUCCUAGCCAGUUAGUUCUUACUGUACCCUACGUUCAUCUAUUCAGAUCAGAGCAAGUUAUCUUUACUGUUACUUACAGUCACUCGUUUACUUGUUCAGAUCAUUUACCUAUAUACAUUAGUGCCAGUUACAUUUAGCUACUCAUAUACUGUAUAUUGUACUGGUCUUUCACGAAUCUGGCCUCCAGUAGAUCUAAUGGAAAGAUCGUGGUUAUCGUCGACCGUACCCACGGGGAACUAUUGGUUCAGUAGUUCUCAUACCCUUUUGUGGUUUACUUUUCAAGACUCUGAAUACCGAUAGCUAAUCGAGGUGAGAGGGAUCGUGCGGUAGAUAGCGUCUCCCACCAGCUUACCUAGACAUUAGAGGACUCCUAGUUAGAAGGUCACUCUGUACUACACACCUGUACUGGCGAGGGCCAGAGCCUUUUUCUUGUACUUUUAUUUUGGGGGUUGAGUUUAUUUGAUGUAGUACAUGAUGUAUGGCAGUUUAGUUUGGAGAUAGUGUUAUGAUACAUAUUGUUUGUUUAUUUCAUACUUUAUUUUUGAUUUUUGUGA